GGCGGCAGACACAUUGAAGUUUAUGCAGACAGCAACUGUGAAAGCGCUUGAACUUUGUUGGAGUUACAAAAAAAUUGUCCUCGUGGUUGCUGGUGGUGUCAGCUAUUAUGCACUGAGGAGAUACUUUGGAGGUGGUGUUUGCCACAGUAGAGCUCGUCUUGAUGGGAAAACCGUUUUGAUCACUGGGGCUAAUUGUGGCAUUGGGAAAGAGACAGCAAGGGACCUGGCUGGAAGAGGUGCUAGAGUCAUCAUGGCAUGUAGAGAUGUGACAAAGGCUGAGAGAGCAGCAGAGGACAUCAGGAAGAGCACCGGCAAUCCAGGAGUCAUUGUCAGGAUUGUCGAUCUUGCAUCUCUCGAGUCAGUCAGGAAGUUAGCUCGAGAAAUUGUAGAAAAGGAGGAGAGGCUUGAUAUUUUGAUCAACAAUGCAGGAGUGAUGUUCUGCCCUUACUGGAAGUCUCAGGAAGGCUUUGAGAUGCAGUUUGCUGUCAACCAUCUCAGUCACUUCUUACUCACCAAUCUUCUCCUUGAUCUCCUGAAGAAGUCAGCUCCAAGUCGCAUUAUUUGCGUGUCAUCUCUAGCACACAGACGAGGCAGGAUCAACUUUGACGACAUCAACAUGGAGAAGCAGUAUGACUCACUGAUGGCAUAUGGCCAGAGCAAGCUGGCUAAUGUCCUAUUUGCUAGAGAACUGUCUGUGAGACUACAAGGCACUGGGGUUACUGCCAACUCACUUCAUCCUGGUGUGGUCAAGACAGAGCUUGGCCGCCAUCUCUCACAGAUGGGUGUGUCAUGGUUCAAACAGACACUGUUCAAAGUCGCAUCUCUCAUCUUCAUCAAAACUCCAGUUCAGGGUGCCCAGACUACAAUAUUCUGUGCAGUGGAUGAAAGCUUAAAUGAUGUCUCAGGAAAAUACUUCAGUGAUUGUGCAGAGAAGGCCUCGGCUUCACAAGCUAAAGAUGACGAGGCAGCAAAACGGCUCUGGGAUGUCAGCUGCAAGAUGGUGAAUUUACCGUCAUAGGGCAUCAAGAAGCUUUCCUAUCAUGAUGCAGAAAACAGGACGGGUUUUGAUAUAUUAUAAUAUGAUAGUA